AUGUACAUUAAAAAAGAUACAUCAAUUUAUGAUUCUAAUAGUAAUUAUAAAAAUUCAUUUAAUAAAGGUAAUAUAUUAAAAGGAAAAAAUUUUACAAUAAUUAAACGUUUUAAAUUAUUUCCUAUUCAUUUAAGCAUAGCCUUAAAUCUAAUAUUGUUUGCCUUUCUCAUUGGACAAUUUAUUUACUAUGAUUAUCAAUAUCAAUUAACACAAAUAAAUGAAGAAUUAAAAAAUAAGAUAUAUGAUGUAUCAAUUCAAGAUAUAUUAUAUUACUCUCCUGUAGUUAAUAAAGAAAUUCCUUUAUUAUGGAAACAUCCAAUUGUUUCAAAUAUUAAUUGUUAUGCCAUAUUAAAUGAAGAUGAUAUAUAUAUUAAAAAUGAAGCAAAAAAUUUAAGAAAACUUAAAAACUUACAAAAUACAUUCCCAACAUCAUGUCAUGAUAUUAAAAGAAGAGGAUAUUAUCCUGAUAAACCAUUAUCUCAAGAAGAAGCUGAUUUUCCUUUGGCAUACGUGAGAACUAUUUAUACGGAUUAUCUAACAUUAGAAUAUCAAUUUCUAUUAUCAUAUGCUCCUCAAAAUCAUUAUUGUUUUAUUAUUGACAAAAAACAAAGUGGUGAUUUUCAUAGUAAAAUAUUUGCUUUGUCAAAUUGUUUCAAAAAUGUUUAUAUAAUUAGUAAUCAAUAUAAUAUGGAUUCAAAUGGAAAUGAUAUAAAUCAUGCAAAUUUUAGAUGUAUGAAAUACUUAAAUUCUAAAAGUUACAAAUAUCUAAUAGUAUUAAAUAAUGAUGAUAUGCCCCUAAAAACUAAUAGAGAAAUGAUAGAAAUUUUAAAAAUAUACAAUGGAACUAUUGAUAUAGAUUAUGAUGAUCCAAAACCAUAUCUUAAUGGAAGAAUAGAUUUAAGUUUAAAUUGGACACUAGAUCAUUUAAAUAUUUUUAAAAAAGAUGAUAAAAGAAAUUUAGAUAAAGAAAUAUUAGCAUCUGAGAUAAAAUUUCAAAAAGGAUUUGUUGAAAUAGCUUACCCAAAAAAAACUGUUGAUUAUUUAGUAAAUGUUUUAAAUAUAACAACAUUUUUAAAUCAAUUAAAUAAUAUGAAACUUUAUGCCAAUGAUGAAAUGAGUUUUCAAAGUUUAUUAUCUAACAAAUUUUUAGAUAUUCCUGGUGGUAUUGAUUCAGAAUGUUUUGAGAAAGAUAAUAUUUAUCAUGAUACUUACAUGACUAGGUAUACUAAAUGGUAUAAUGAGACAAAUUGUGAUAAAAAUGAAACACGACACUGGAUUUGCCUCCAAACCAUAAAAACUUUAUCAACUAUAAAAAAACUUCCCCAUUUUUUUGUAAAUAAAUUUAAGGCAGAGACAGAUUUUGGGGGUUUAACAUGCUGGGCUGAGUAUUUGUAUAAUAGAACAUAUUUUCAGAAGUACAUUCCAAUAAAUGCAAAAUUUUAUGAAAAUCUCCCUUUAGUGCAAUAUCAAAAAUUAAAAUCACAAAUAGAAGAUAGAAAAAAUCUAUGCGAUACUGUAAGAAACAAGUAUUACUCAAACUAA